AUGAACAUUGAACCACAUUUACAACAACAAGUAGAUAUGACAUUUAAGAUUCUUAUUAUUGGAGAAUCAGCUGUUGGUAAAACAGCUAUAUUGGAACGGUAUUGUGAAAAUGAAUUUCAUGAUGAAUUAAUUUCAACAAUCGGUGUUGAUUUUAAGUCACGAAUAAUAAAUUACCAAGGUAAAACAGUUAAAUUACAAUUAUGGGAUACUGCUGGACAAGAAAGAUUUAGAAAUAUUACUUCGUCUUAUUAUCGUGGUACCCAUGGCUGUUUAAUUGUAUAUGAUGUUACUGAUAUAACUUCUUUCGAAAAAAUUACAUAUUGGAUAAAUGAAUUAAAUGACUGUAGUAUAAAACCAGAAAUAUUAGUGGUUGGAAAUAAAAUUGAUUCAGAAGAUGCUGUUGUUACAUCUGAAAUUGCAGAAAAGUUUUGUCGUUUAAGUGGAGGGUUAAGGUCAAUGAGAUGUUCAGCCAAAACUGGUGAAAAUGUUGAAAGUAUAUUCAAUGUUUUAGUUGACUCUAUUUCAAAAAACAAAAAUAUUAUGGAACGACUCAUUUCUGUACCAAAACUUUUGGAUGAUGCUUCUCUUCAACCAACUCAAAAGAAACAAUCAUGUUGUUGA